UGUCCAAAGACCAUCUACACCAAGCCCACAGCUCCAACUUCCAAAACAAACCUGUUCAUACCCAUCUCUUAUGUUACCCACCACAGCCCAUGGCCACUGAAGACUACUUCAGCUUCCCCACCACCACCGACACCACCUCCUCGGCUAUCGACACUCCACCUCUAUGGCGGUUGUCUCCGGCAGCCUCUCCUGAUUUUUGCCAUGGAACCACAAAAACAGAAGAAGAAGAAGAAGAAGAAGAAGAUAGUGACCAAGAUGAAGACUACCAAGAUUGUCUCCCAACACACCAACCAAUCAAGUACUCCACCCAAAUAAAGAGCUGUUCAUGGGCAGAGCGAGGUGGAGGCGCAAAGUUGGAUGAUGAAAAUGAAGAUAAAGAAGAAAAAAUGGACAUGUUGUGGGAAGAUUUCAAUGAAGAAUUAUCGAUAAAGAGAAGUCCAAGUUCAUUAAGAUUUGAUUCUGAUAUUCAUAUGGUUAAAAUGGGAUGUAUUCAUCAGAUUCAAUCUCUGAGAUCGUCCACUAAAACUACUAGUACCGCCAUGGUUUCACCUAAAAAGCCACCUGCAGCAGCUGCAAGUUUGGUAGUGUUCAUCAAAGUCUUGAAGAAGCUUUUCUUGCUUCACAAUUCUCAUACCCAUCUUUCUGUUCAUCGCAACCACCGCUCUCCCAUAAAGAGAGCUGAGAAUCAAUCAUGGUGAUUCUUCAUUCUCUGUUUGAUGUAUACGUUCUCGGCUACAGCUCCGCUCUGUUAAAGAGUCGCGAGAUGAAGAUGAAGAAGAAGCAGCAGCUCCAAUCAGGCACCUCCCAAUAGCAGCCUGCCACGUCUAGGUAUGAACGGUUAAUUAAUCCCUUUUGGAUUUGCCUUCGAGAUUACAAACUAUGUCAACAGUUAGAUGUGAAAUUAGUAUGAAUAUAUAAUAAAUAUGAUACUAAAACAUUGUACACAGAAGCCUAUGCAAAUUGUAAAUUGAUUUUUUUAAAAUUAAAUAUUAUACUUACCA